AAGAGAGUUGAAAAGCAAAAUGUGACUCUACUUUUAGGCUGGAAAAUGAAACCUUGCCUAUAAAUUACAUAAUUCAGGGACCACUCUUUCAAUAAAACUCAUAACAUGAAUAAGAAAGAAAAAAGAGGGAAGAAAACAAAACUAUGUUCUAAACUUAAUUAAGAAAAACACACUUCACUAUUUUCCUUCCUUCUCUGCUUUUUAGUAACACUGAUCCUUUCUUCUUUUUCCUCAUCUAAAAUGGAUUCAUCUCAGCGAUUAUUCAACAGAGAAAGAACUCUUCAUCAGAUCCUUGGAGCUGGUCAAGUUGCAGACUUGAUACUUUGGAGGAGGAAGAAUCAAACUGUGAUGAUACUGUUGGUGACAUUAGCUGCAUUUGUUGUGUUUGAGAGAUCUGGUUAUACCCUUUUGUCUCUUGUUUCUAAUGUUCUUCUCCUUCUUGUUGUUAUUCUUUUUCUUUGGGCUAAAUCAGCAGCAAUUCUCAAUAGACCUGCUCCACCUCUACCACAGUUGCAUCUGUCAGAUGAAAUGACAAAUGAAAUGGCAGCUUUUAUCCAAACCAGAGUAAAUAAUCUGUUUUCAGUUUCUCAUGAUAUUGCCCUUGGCAAGGACUCAAGGUUGUUUCUGAAAGUAGCUGCAUACCUAUGGUUAAUUUCUGUUGUUGGUGGCUUCACUGAUUUUCUUACCUUGGCAUACACCAGUCUCUUUAUUCUUCUUACUUUACCUGCACUCUAUGAAAGAUAUGAAGAUUACAUUGAUAGAUUUGUUUUGAAGUGCUACAUCAAAUUAUGCCAAUUGUAUAGGAAAAUAAAUGAGGAAUAUAUCAGCAGAGUCCAAUACUGGAUUCUAGAGAAGAAAAAGCUGAGCUGAGUUUGUAUUUUAUUGUCACAUUCAUUUUUGGUAAAUUGUUUCUAUUACUCUUUGAAAUAUUUCUUACAUGAUCAUAUUGGUCAUAUUGUGGUUGUGAGUAUAGUGAUCUUCUCCAUAUUGAAAUGGAUACAUAACAUGGAUCUAUCAAAGUUACACUCA